UAGUUUCGUCCGCCAUCGUCUCUCACCAAAAGCUUCAGCCUAAUCUCAACACUAUAUAUCACACUGCACACACACACACACACAGAUUCUCUACUUUCUGAGUGAGCUUUUAUCCCGUUUCAGAAAAUAAUCUCUCGCAAUCAAAUAUGAAGGCUUCAAUCAAAUUUAGGGAUGAGCAGAAGCCAUUGAUGAGGGCUAAAGUCCCCUUAAACAUUCUUAAUUUCCCAUUCCAAUCGGGAAUUGCUGCAGGAGAUUCCAAGGAGUUGUCUCUGAAUCUCAGCACCUUUUUGGAUUUCGGCCCUUCCCUCAAAUUCCAGUACCGUCCAAAUGAUUCGCAAAACCCUUUCGCCUUUAUCUUCAAAACCGGAAUUGGGCAUUUCGGCUCACCCACCAAAAGCCCUUUAACCAUGAGCGCCGAAUUUAACCUAGUCGGCAAUCAGAACCCUAGAUUUUUCAUCCACUUCAAGCCCGAUUUCGGCGAUUUCUCGAUGAAAAAGUCUCAUUCUUCUGGCUUCGUCAAGGAUUUGGGGGAGAAAUUGAAUGGUGGCGUUGUCGGUGAGGAGGGGUUUGUGAACAAUGGGUAUUUCAAGGGGGCCGGUUUCUUUCCGGCGACGGACGAGUCCAAGGCGGCGGCGGGGCAGCUGGUGAACGGGAUGCUUAAAGGUACAGAGCUGAGUGCCAGAACAGCCGUACCUUUGAGAGAUUUUGCGAAAGUGAACUUCCGGUGGGGGCUUAGGUUUCCUCCACAAGAGGCGGUGCCAGAUGAGGUGGAUGCAGUGAUGGUGGGGAGGAGGGGUGAUCGAACGGCAGAUAUUAGGCUCCCGCUGUUGGUGAUGAACAAAAUUGGAAUCGAGCAUGUGGCGAAACCUCAUCCGAAGAUGGAGAAAGUGGGGUCCGGUGAGAAGUUCGAUACGCUGGCUGAGGCGUGUUUGGAUGUAAAGAAACAACUUGGGGUGAUUCAAGCUGAGAAUGGGCUGUUAAGUAAGGCUUUGAGUGAUUUAAGAUCAGAUAUAGCCGCUGGAAAAAUGGAUUUCUUAUCCGAACGCCAUCUGAAUAAGUAUUCCGGUGGCGGGUUUGAUCGGAGGGGAAAUAAGUAUUCCGGUGGCGAAAAGAAAUCCUCAGAAGUGAUGGAUUUUGGUGGCGAAGGUAAUAAUGGAUCGAAGAUCGCUUGAUCGUACCAUGUUAAAGGUUUUGUCUAUGUUAUCCCUUGCAUUUUCAUUCAUUAUGAAUAUGGACAAGGAGUUAGUUUUGUUUUGAGGUUAUUUCUAAGUUUUGAAUGUUUGGAGUUGAAAUUGCUUUGUGCUAAAGAAAUUGUCCUGGUUUAUUUUUGCAUCUUUUUUGGUCUUAUAUAGUUAUAUGUGAUGUUGGGGUAUGAAUAUGAUGGUGUAAAUUGAAGAUUUGGAUUUCAUUUCGUGCAUAUUAUUUAUGUGAAUGUUUUUUGUUCUUGGAUACUA